GUCGGUUCCUUCUCCUCACAACGCGCUGCACAUUGUGAGGGAGCUGAUGCGGGACAUCAGACACCGGGAGGACAUCACUGCUUCUAUAGUGUCCUUCACAGGCAAAGACACGCUGGGACUAGAACUUAACUGCCGAGCGGAGGGGGCGGAGCCUCCAGUGAAGGCGUUCAGACUGGUUCUAACUUCAAGCAGCAGACGGAGGAGACGUGAAGUCUGAGGCUGACUGAAGAUGAGUGGUUAUGAGGAGAGAGCAGAGUCUCCAGGGUUCAGCUGUGUGUCUCUGAAGAGUUACCAGUCCAUGGAUCCUCCUAUAUCCUUCAGUAAAGAACCUGGACCCUCACACACAAAAGGUCAGGACCAGAGACUGAGAGCAGAGUCUCCAGGGUCCAGCUGUCUGUCUCUGAAGAGUUACCAGUCCAUGGAUCCUCCUCUAUUCUUCAGUAAAGAACCUGGACCCUCACACACAGAAGUUCAGGACCAGAGACUGAGAGCAGAGUCUCCAGGGUCCAGCUGUGUGUCUCUGAAGAGUGACUGGUCCAAAGAAGGUAUUCCUCCAAACUUCAGUAAAGAACCUGGACCCUCACACACAAAAGGUCAGGACCAGAGACUGAGAGCAGAGUCUCCAGGGUCCAGCUGUGUGUCUCUGAAGAGUGACUGGUCCAAAGAAGGUAUUCCUCCAAACUUCAGUAAAGAACCUGGACCCUCACACACAAAAGGUCAGGACCAGAGACUGAGAGCAGAGUCUCCAGGGUCCAGCUGUGUGUCUCUGAAGAGUGACUGGUCCAAAGAAGGUAUUCCUCCAAACUUCAGUAAAGAACCUGGACCCUCACACACAAAGGAGAGGAAGAGGAGUCAUGUUUCUGAGGAGGAGCAGUCGUCCUGCUGUGCUUCGUGUCAGGACGUCCUGAAGGAUCCAGUCUCCACCAGCUGUGGACACUGGUUCUGCAGACAGUGCAUCACCUCAUACUGGGACCAGUCUGGUUCUUCAGGAGACUCCUCCUGUCCCCAGUGUGGAAAAAGAUCCAGAACAGGAGCUGGAGCUCAGACAGCCGGUCAGAGCAGCACUGUACAUGUGUCUGCUGAUGUCUUCACUUCUGACAACAGCACAUGUGGUUUUAUUUUGUUCCUUCAUACAGCAUCAACAUUUAACAUCGGUAGAAAAGCACAAAGUUAAAAAGCUUUUA